AGCGCAGGAUUGUUCUUCUUGGAAAAACUGGAACUGGAAAAAGCUCAUUGGCAAAGACCAUUAUUGGAGAAGACAUGUUUAAAACUUCUGGGUCGUCAAAUUCUGUAACAAGUGAAUGUCAAAGUGAAACCAGAGAAGUUCAUGGCAGAAAGAUCAUGAUGGUUGACUCUCCUGGAUUUUUUGACAACAAAAUGUGUGAAGAUGAUCUGAAAUCUGAAAUAACAAAAUGUGUCACUCUGUGUGCUCCUGGAGUUCAUGCUUUUCUCAUUGUUCUGAAAGUGGAAAGGUUCACUGAGCAGGAGAAAGAAGUUAUCAGUAAAAUAAAGAAAUUAUUUUCUGAGGAAGCUCUAAAAUAUUCAGUCAUCAUCUUCACUCAUGGUGAUCAACUGGAAGAUCAGAAGAUCGAGGACUUUGUGAAGGAAAAUCAUGAUCUGCGUAGUCUUGUGGAGGAAUGUGGAGGCCGCUGUCAUGUGAUGGACAACAGAUACUGGGACAAAGAGAGAAACAACGAGGAAGUGAAAAAGUUACUGAACACAAUAGAUAAGAUGGUGGAACAAAACAAUGGAGAAAUGUACACCAAUGAGAUGCUGGAACAAGUGCACAGUUUGUUCCUAAAAGUACAAAACAUCAUUCGAGCCUGCAUAAAAAACAUAUCGGAGAAUGAGAUUGUAAAACUAGCGCUGAGUUUUGUAUCCAAUGCACUCAAGAUUGGAUCUGGUAUAACUACAGGGAUUUUGUUAGGAGCCCUGCUUGGGAUUCCAAUGAUGAUUCUAAGAGUGUUGCAUAAAUUAAAAACACUUGCAGAUUAUUUAAAUGAUUUAGACCCUAAAAACCUCAAAGACAUGAGAGAUGGGUCAGAGGCAUUUGGUAGUCCAGCAAAUGAAGGUUUAGCAGAAGUUUCCCAAGAACCAACUGAAGACGCUACAGCUGCAGAACCUAUUGAACAGCUGUUUGCUGCAAUAGGUAUUCGUUUUACUGUUGUUGGUUCUAUUGGAGCAAUUGAAGGAGGCUUCACUGGAUACAAAGAAGCUGUCAAAGCAAACUCAGUAGGACAAGCAGUAAAAAACACAGCAAAAGCUGUUUGGGAGUCCUCCACAGCUCCAUUUGAAGAACCUUUUCAAAAUAAAGGGCAGACAAAAACCUUUGAUACUAAAAAUGAUUGAAAGUAUUCUGCCUUAAAAGAUGUAAACAAAAGAUGUAAACAAAAUAUUUGGUAAAAUAAGUUAAAUCAGAUAACUUUUUUUUUUUUUUUAACAGCAAGACAGAUUAUUUUUCAACUUGGUUUAACAUUGACUGUAACUUAUACUCCGUUUUUAAAAAUUUUAUUCUGUAGUAAUUUCCUGUAUAUUAUCAUUUAAAUUAAUAUUCUAUGUUUUAUUUCUGGUUAAAGAAUGGGAAUGUGUGAUCAAGCUGGUGAGAUGAUAACGAUUUAAAAACGAUUUAAGGACUUACAGCCUUCGAUUUCAUUAGCACAGUGCAAUGAUCAAUUUCUUUUCUCUGUUAAAGUUUUACGUUUUAUCUUUAAUUUGAUGUGUUUUAAGAUUUAAAUUAGUUUACUUUAAAAAAAAAGUUGUGUCAUCCAGUUUUAUUGUGUCUGGUUAUGACUUGAUUAACCUCCUAUGCACUGGGGCGGGGGGGAUCACUCAAAGUGUGUAGCAGAAAAGAUCUCCACCCCUCCAAUGAUCUUAGCAAACCCUACAUUACAUGUAACCCCUACUGGGGUUAAAUUGUAUAGGUGCUGCAAUUUUGGGGAUUUUCCAGGCCAAUGAGGCUCGUAGGGAGGACAGACUGCAUCUUAAUGGGAGCCCAGUUGUUUUUUGAAAUUCCCUCAAGGCUUCAUCAUUGCUGAGAUGUUAUGUUUCCAUGCUGGUUAAUGGGCUUUUAUUUUUAGUCAAAAUCAUUUAAUUAAGAACUUGACUAUUUGAACUCCUGACUACUUCCCUGCAAAGUUUUAAUGUACUGUAUUUUCCAGUAUUGAUUGAAUUUUUACAUUAAAAAACACUUUUCUUGCCUUAAUCUCCAA